AUGGCUGUCGACUCACCCGUCGUCGCGUCCACCAGCGACGAUGCCGUCUCGACAACGUCUCAGCACCGGGAGCAGCGGGAGCGGGAUGACGUCGAGCAGCUGGAUGGAAAGGCCGUCGGAUCGAGCGCGACCAGCUCAAAGCCCAGAUUCACCCAGACUCUCGUCAACUUCUUCCAGCUCCUCGUCUGCGCUGACCCGACAUGGGUAGACUACACCCUCCUCGUCGUCGGCACCAUCUCCGCAGCCGCCUCCGGCGUGCCCUUCCCCCUCAUGGGUAUCAUCUUCGGUAAGCUCCUGGACGACAUCAACUCGGCCAGCUGCGAGGUCAAGGCCAGCCCCGACGGCAAUGCCCAGGACACCCAGCACACCAUCAACAAGCGCGUCCUCAUCCUCGUCUACCUCGGCAUCGCCGUCUUCGUCCUCAUCUACGUCUACGUCACCACCUGGGGCAUCUUCAGCCGCCGCGUCGAGAGGCGCCUGCGCGACCGCUACUUCCAGAUGCUCCUGCACCAGGACGCCUCCUUCUUCGACACCAGGCAGGCCGGCGAGCUGUCCUCCCGCCUCAACGCCGACAUCCAGGCCGUCCAGUCCGGCACCUCUGAAAAGGUCGGCAUGGUCCUCGCCUGCGUCUCCUUCUUCAUCACCGCCUACAUUGUCUCCUUCAUCAGUAACUGGAAGCUCGCCUGCAUGCUCCUCUCCCUCAUCCCUGCCUUCCUCCUCCUCGCCGCCGCCGGCAGCGCCUACACCCAAAAGUUCACCGUCGCCAUGUCCGACGCCCUCGCCUCUGCCUCCUCCGUCGCCCAGGAGACCCUGUCCAACAUCGCCGUCGUCCAGGCCUUCAGCGCCGGCCCCCGCCUCGAGUCCAAGUUUGCCUCGCGCAUGCACGAGGCCCAGGCCCAGGGCAUCAAGAAGGCUGUCGCCGCCGCCGUCCAGGCCGGUGGCCUCUACUUCAUCGCCUUCUCCGCCAACGCCCUCUCCUACUGGCAGGGUAGCAGGCAGAUUGCCGACGCCUACGAGAGCGACGACGGCGCCACUGCCGGGAAGAUCUACACCGUCAUCUUCCUCCUCGUCGAUGCCUGCGUCGUCCUCGGCUCCAUUGCUCCCGUUCUCCCUAUCCUGGGUAGUGCCGCCGCUUCCUACCAGAAGCUGCGCGAGGACAUGGAGGCCCCCGUCGCCAUCGACUCGUCCUCGCCCGCCGGUACCAAGCUCGACGCCCCCAUCCAGGGCGCCGUCUCCUUCAAGAACGUCACCUUCGCCUACCGCUCGCGCCCCGACCGCCCCGUCCUGAAGAACGUCUCGUUCGAAUGCCCUGCCGGAAAGUACACUGCCCUCGUUGGUCUGUCGGGUAGCGGCAAGUCCACCGUCGCCGGCCUGACCGCCCGGCUCUAUGACCCGGCCGAAGGCACCAUCACCCUGGACGGCCACGAUCUCCACAGCCUCAACAUCAGGAACCUGAGGAGCCACAUGAGUCUCGUCCAGCAGGAGCCGUCGCUGCUCGACCGUUCCAUCGUCGAGAACAUUGCCCUCGGUCUCGUCAACUCCCCCCAAGACAGCCACCAGCGGUUCCAACCCAUCCUCCUCGGCGCCACCCUCUCCCAGCUUGCCGCCAAGGUCAGGGCCGGCGAGGACCUCGCCGCUUGCGCCCGGUCGCUCGGUCAGGACGUCGUCGAUCUCGUUGAGAAUGUUCGCUAUGCAGCUGGUAUGGCUGAUGCCGCAGGCUUCAUUGAGAAGCUCGAGUUCGGUUACGGAACUCUUGUCGGUACCGGUGGAAAGCUCGUCAGUGGCGGGCAGAGGCAGAGGAUUGCCCUCGCCCGCGCCAUCAUCCGCGACCCCCAGAUCCUCAUCCUUGACGAGGCCACCGCCGCUCUCGACUCCGUCAGUGAGCGACGAAUCCAGGCCGCCGUCGAGUCCAUCGCCAAGAACCGUACCCUCAUCUCCAUUGCCCACCGUCUGUCCACCAUCAAAAACGCCGACAACAUCAUCGUCAUGAACCAGGGUAGCAUCAUCGAGCAGGGUACCCAUCUCGAGCUCAUGGCCCUGAACGGUUCCUACGCCGGCAUGGUCAGGCUCCAGGACAUCGCCCAGCAGGACAAGGAGUACGUACCGUCUCAGACGAGCACCACCAAUGGAGAUGUCGAAGCCCCUACUUCCGAGAAGGGCUCCAUCGAGGAUGAUAAGGCUGUCGCCACGGCAGGCGCCACCGAAGCCGAUGCCGAGAAGUCUGGCGAAGACGGCAACCCCGCUACUUCCGACGCUAACAAUGACGCCGAGGAGCUUGAUUCCCAAAUGACCGGGUGGACUGUUGUCCGCCGCUUUGGUCGCAUGAUCCGCCCAAACAUAUUGGCGCUCUUCAUCGCCAUGUUUGCUGCUGUUAUCGUCGGUGGUAACUAUACCGCCUCUGGUCUCAUCUUCGGUCACACCAUCGGCGGUUUCAGCCCCUGCAACAGCACCUCCAAGAUCUUGAACACCGGUUUGCUCUUUGGCGGCAUGUACUUCAUGUUGGCCGUCGUCGAGCUCUUUGCCUACACCUUCAGCUGGUCCGGUUUCGGCUACGUCACCGAGAAGCUGCUGUACAAGAUCCGCGUUCUCUCCUUCCGUUCCCUGUACCAGCAAGAUCUGCACUGGCACCAGACUGGUGGUCGCACGGCUUCGUCUCUUCUGUCCGUCAUCACCGCCGAUGCAGCCGCUGUCGGGAGCUUCAGCGGUUCCAUCGUCGGUACCAUCUUCUCCAUCUCCGUCAACCUCAUUGUGGCCAUCGUCCUGUCUCACAUCCUGUCAUGGAAGAUUGCCGUUGUCUGCCUGGUCACGGUCCCAAUCCUGCUGGGAUCCGGCGCCAUGCAGCUUCAUGAGUUGGCCAAGUUUGAGAACAAGCACGCCGGCGCCUUCUCCAAGGCCGUUGGCAUCACGGUGGAGACUGUCAACUCGUUCAAGACCAUCUCCUCCCUGUCUCUCGAGCAGGAAGUCUUUGGCUGCUACAAGCGUACCCUGGCUGCCCCUCGCAAGGAGAUGAUGCUGGCCAUCCUGUACACCGAUCUCUGGCUUGCCAUCGCCCACGCUGCGGGCCCCCUGAUCUACGCCUUUGCGUACUGGUGGGGUUCUACCCGGAUCACUAAGGGAGAGGCCACGGAAACAGACUUCUUCGUCAUUCUGGUGUCUAUGCUUGUCAGCGCCCAACUCUGGGGUCAGGUCUUUACCCUCGCUCCUGAGGUCUCCAGGGCCAGGUCAGCGGCCUCCCGGAUUCUCAGUCUCCUUGACAAGGGAUCCGUAGCAAAUCUAUCGGUCAAGGAAAGCCAGCUUCUCGCCGGUGCGUACGGCGAGAAGGAUCUCGAGGCCGAGGCCGAUGCCUCUUCGAGGUCUGCCUUCCGCGGCGACAGCCGCGGCUCUACGGUCACGUUCAAGAAUGUGGCUUUUUCGUACCCUGCUCGCCCCCACAUUACCAUCCUGCAUGACCUGUCAUUCACUAUCGAGAGCGGACAGUUCUGCGGAUUGGUGGGACCCUCUGGUGCUGGAAAGUCGACCAUCAUGGCCAUGGUGCAGAGGAUGUACACGCCCACCAGUGGUACCGUCGAAAUUGAUGGCGUCGACAUUUGCGCCAGGGAGGAUUCCAGCUUCCGUGAUGAUAUUGCUCUGGUGCCCCAGGACAGUUCCCUGUUUGAGGGUACCAUCAAGUUUAACGUUGGGCUCGGUGCCAGAAAGGGUUGUGAAGCUUCUCAAGAGGACAUUGAGGCUGCAUGCAAGCUUGCCAACAUCCACGACACCAUCGUGUCCCUUCCCGACAAGUACGACACGGAGUGCGGUCCCAACGGAUCACGCCUUUCCGGAGGCCAGCGCCAGAGGCUCGCCAUUGCUCGUGCUCUGGUGCGAAAGCCUCGCCUGCUGCUCCUGGACGAGAGCACCAGUGCCCUGGACGCCGAGAGCGAGAAGGCCCUCCAGGAAGGUCUCGAGCGGGCAGCGCAGGGCAUCACAGUCAUAGCCAUCACCCAUAGGCUACACACUGUGCGCAAGGCCGACGUCAUCUUUGUCGUGGAGGGCGGUCAGGUGGCUGAGAAGGGUCGCCACGACGAGCUGGUGGAGACGAGUGAGCUGUACAGGGUGAAUGCCCUGCAACAGAUGCUUGACAACUGA